CUCCAAAAUUUGUGUGCAAUUUGCCGUUUCAUGAUUUUCUCUCUUUAAGUUUUAUACGCCAUUUCUCUCUGAUGAGUAUAAGUACUAAAUUGUACUUCCGCUUUCCCUCUCGCUGACUGUCUGAAAUUGUACCCUCAAAUUUGUUUUUCGCAGUGCAAGUAGCUGGCUGUUUAUCCCUCUCUCUCUCUCUCCUAUUUUUUCUUCUCUCUCUCUCCAUUUUUUCUCUCUCUCUCCCUAUCUUCAUCUUCUCUCUCUAACCUUUUUUCUCUCGUUUUGGCGGUUUAUCCUUUCAUAUAUGUAUAUUUAAGCGCAACGCAUUGUUUCCAUUGCAUUUUCUCUCUCUAAAGCCCCAUCGCCUGCAACUCGCAGCCUCUCUCUCUCUUGACCUUUUUACAGCCAUGGGAGACUGGCAAGAACUGGGGCAAACCGUGUUCAUAAGCCUGAUCUUCGCAUUCCUCUUAGCUAAACUCAUCUCCAUUGUCAUAUCCUUCAGGGAAGAGAACCUUAGGGUUUCCAGAGAAGUUGCAGAACCAGAUUUACCCGAACCCUUGAGCACAGGCAGUUUUGAAGUAGAAGAGCCUUUAAAGAAUUCGUCUUCAGAUUCAAUAGAAGCUGAGAAUUCUAGGGUUUUGCAAGAAUCCGGGGUUUCUGAAGUUCCUAGGGCCUUAUCAGAAGUUGCAGAGCAUUCGAAGUUGCAUGGAGAGAGCUUCUUAGAUGACGAUGAUGAUGAUUGGGAAGGGGUUGAGAGUACAGAGCUCGAUGAAUCUUUCAGUGCUGCUACUUCUUUUGUAGCAACCAUGGCUACUGAUCGUUCUUCACAGAAGGUAUCAAAUGAAACACAGUUGGAGCUUUAUGGGCUCUAUAAGAUCGCUACUGAAGGGCCAUGCAAUAUACCUCAGCCCUCAGCGCUUAAGAUUUCUGCUCGUGCUAAAUGGAAUGCAUGGCAGAGAUUGGGUACUAUGCCUCCAGAAGAAGCGAUGCAGAGGUAUAUCAUGAUUGUGAGUCAGCUCUAUCCUACAUGGGCCUCCGGUGGUACUUCUAGGAACAAAGAAGGAGAUGAUGGCUCCAGUGCCACUGCUAAGGGGGGGACAAUGGGACCUGUCUUUAGUACUUUUGCUCAUGAUGAAGACUCUGACAGUGAAUUGAAGAUGGAAGGAAUCCAUGUAUGUGCUAGAGAAGGGGAGAUGAAUAACUUGCUUAAAUACCUGGAGCAAGGGGAUUUAGUGAAUUCAAGGGAUAGUGAUGGGAGGUCUGCAUUACAUUGGGCAGUGGACCGAGGCCAUCUCGAUAUUGUGGAGCUUCUUAUAAAGAAGAAUGCAGAUGUUAAUGCUAAGGAUAACGAGGGCCAAACUGCAUUGCACUAUGCAGCCGUGUGCGAUAGAGAAUUGAUCGCGAAGCUCCUCAUAGAGCACGGAGCUGAUGGGUCUGUGAAAGACAAUGAUGGAAAUACCCCCCGCGACGUCUGCACGGGUCGGACUUGGACUUGGAUCUGAGUUUCAGCUUCUUUCUUUUUACCUUUUCCUUUUGUGUAAUCUGGAAUUUGAAGCUUGGACCGCAGUGAUAAGGCUCUUAAGCCCUGACCACUAAGCCAAGAAGAGGGGCCCUCUUUUACCCUUUUUUGAAGGUCCAUUUGCCCCAUCUCAUGUUGGCAUUUGUAAAUAUAUAUUCUGAUUUUUUUUUUUUAUCCAUACUUAUGGUACACAAUUCUUACUUUC